AUGUGGGGAGGGCACACCGAGGCGUCCGUGGCUGCGUCAUCUUCUGCUCCUGUGGAGGUGGUGAAGGCGGCCCUCCCAUACUUGGGUGUGGCAGCCCUUUCCGCGGGUCUGGCCAUCGUUUCCUAUCGGCAUUUCUGCACUUCGCCAGCAGCGUCACCUUCAAAGGAGGCACAGCCGAUCGUUCCGCCCGGCAUCUCCAGCCCCGCGUUUCCAAUCGAUGUCAGCGAAGCCGAUCUCAUGCGCGACGCCUCCCAGGAGGAGGUACUCCGUGAGCAGACUGAUCGCACCCGCCUUUUUUAUGGCGAUGAGGCCUUCGCCAAGAUUCGCGACGCUUUUAUCGUCGUAGUUGGCGCGGGCGGCGUGGGGAGUGCCGCGGCUCAUGUGCUGCUCCGCACCGGCGUCCGUAAGAUACGCAUCAUCGACCCUGAUAUUGUGACUGUGAGCUCGCUGAACAGGAAUGCGGUGGCACAGCGCAAGGACGUGGGCCGCAGCAAGGUGCACACGCUCAAGGACUACUUCCACCGCAUCCUGCCCGAGUGCGAGGUGGAAGCCCUCCAGGUGUUCUUCACCAGGGACCUCGCGCCGCAGCUGCUGGCAGGGAAUCCGACGUUCGUCCUCGAUUGCAUCGAUAACCGCGACACCAAAGUCGAGCUCAUUGCCUACUGCAAGAACAACAACAUUCCAGUUCGCGAGGGGAUCUCCGAGGGCGUGCUCUGCGUCUACUCCAUCGAGAAGGAGCGCAAGAAACAGAUCCCUCUCACCAAGGAGGAGGUGCAGAUGAUCGAGAGCCAAAAGAUCAAACGAAAGGUCCGUGUGGCGAAGUUGGGCGUGGCGAUGCCCAUGCCCUCUCUCUUUGGGACCACCAUGGCGUCCCUGGUGCUCAACAUCCUCGCCGGCAAACCUGUGCCCUAUCGCAAGGAGGAGUACGUGGUGAUCUCCAACAAGGCCUCGGUACGGAUGUACAAGGCGCUGGUCAAGAAGGAGCAGCGCACCACGCAGAUCAACAUGAAGCAGGUCAAGAAGGGCUUCAGGUACAUGGAGGCCAGGUUCUUGAUCGAGCAGGUGUGGUGUCAGGCAUCCUCGAUCUCAGGCGAGCCCGGCUCUUCCAUGCAGUUGGUGAAGUGGCGCCGAGACCGACCACUGGAUCGUUUCAACGUGGUCCUCAUGACGGAUCCCGAGGCGAAGGCGCACGACGAGGCGCAAGGAGACGUGGUGGACGUCUAUGGGCAGGAGCUGGUGAACAAGGUCGAUCGCACCAUCGCCGAGUUCGUCAAGGACAAGGACAUCGAGCUGCUUGAACAGGCCGAGCUCGCAAAGAAGGCAAACAAGUCAGGACAAGAGUGA